CGACGGAUUGCCGUGCGAGGUAGUACUGUUGUACCGCUCGCCGAAGUCGCGUGAUAACUUUCGUAAAAAAAAAACAUCGCCAAACAUUUCUUCUCGUUUUUGCGAAAGUGUAACAGUGAUAGGCCGAGUGUGGAUACGUGUUUAUGUGAAGAUAUAACAGUUAUACGUGAAAUUGUAAUAAUUGUGGUGCAUUUUGGAAUGUUGCAAAUCUUGAGUGGUGUGAUUUUGUAAGACACUUUAAGGAUUUUCACGGUCAACAUUUUUGAAGUGAAUAAAAUAGAGCGACAAAGUGAGAACAUCCAAGUGUUUUUCGUUACAAAGUGAAGUGACCGUUAUGCCUUCCUAGUGCAAUAUGAGGCACCCGUGGCGCUGUGAUCGAGGCGCGUGACGUCAGAAAAACAAGAUGGCGGACUCUAGUCCUGCCACUUCCAUCAUAGAGGGCACUGUCAAAUUUCGCGACGGAAAAAAGUGGAAGUCGCGAUGGUGUGUCAUGCGAAAGCUGUCUCCAGUAGCAGAUUGCGUUCACCUGCAACUGUACAAGGACCUUAAGGAAAGACAGAAGAACGGACAGACGAAGGCGUCGCUGUCACUCCAGCAGUACCUCGGCUUUGAGUCAGGAUUUACUUUGGACAAGGAGUCCAACACUCUCGCCAUACUAUGCGAAGACGUCGUCCCAGUGCUUGCUUUUGAUACGAGGGAAAUACUUAUACAAUGGAGAGUGAAGGUUCAACACAAUCUAGGCAGUAGUAAAGAAUUCGCAGCUGUCAUCAUAUCAGCUCCAACCCCCACGGGGAUUAAGGCUGGACCGGUGAGGUUACACGCAUGUGGACCCAGGCUUGCACUGUGUGCCUCGCGACCUCCUGAAGUGCUGGCGCUUUGGGAUAUUAAAUUGUUAAGGAGAUUUGGCAUGGUGGACAAGAGGUUCUGCGUAGAGGGAGGCUCGAGGUGCGGAAAGGGUGAAGGGCUGUUCGUAUUCGCGGCGGAGGGCGGCAGAGAACUGUCAGAACUCCUCAACAUAUAUAGCCACGAGGCCCAUUCCCGCUUGAGUGUAGCGUCUAGGAGUGGAUCCGUUUUAGAAAAGCGUUUCUCCGACACGAGCUCCUGUAUGGACGACUGCUUCAACCAGUCAAUGCGGUCUGUGUCUCCCUCGUGGGCGGCGCCGGGUAGUCAGACCAUGCACUGCCUGUCCGACCUCGACACUAGCCUGGACAGUAACGAGGACAAGUUUAGACGUCCUACUUCUCUGCCCAGGUGCUCCAGCUGUAUCGGAAAGAUCAGUCAUUUGACAAGAUCAUCUACAAUGAACACUCCCGGAUCAAUCAUGUCUCCAGUGUGGACGAUGGACAACAUAAUGGAGAAGCGUUCUGACUCAGACCGAGCCUCCAUUUACUCAAGGUCCAGCGGUAGUGCCUCUGAGUACUCAGUGCCUCGCAGCGCGUGCCUUCUUGAUAAGAGUUUUGAAUCAAAGAGAUCCAGUCCGGUUGGUUGCUGCACACCAACCGUGCCAGUGAAGACUGGUAACACUUGCCAAUGCUGGCAACAACCGAAACCUUGCUGUUGCAAGAAGAAAACGUUCAAUGGUCCUUACGAAAACUAUGACGUGCCAAAGACGCCCAUGCCUUUAAUACAGGAGCAUCCAGUAGACGUAAUCUCUGAUGCAGCAAGCUUGUACGAUACACCAAAGAAACUGAAAUGUCUGAUCGGGCAGUCAUGUGGCUGCGCCCUCAACGAAACCAAAAACGACGAGAACCAAACACACGACAACAACAAUACAUGUGAUACUAGCGUUAACAACAAUAUUGAAUCGCACUCCAACUACGUCAAUGUUACCCCGACAUCCAUCAAACCAAUAGAAUUAAGCAACUACGCGAACAUAGAUAGAACAACAUUAGAUGAUUUCGAAAAUUCCCUACACAUACUCCGGAACGCUGGUUUCAGUCAAGAAGAAUUAGACGCUCUAGAAGAUAUACCAGAACACGACGAUGACAUAUCUACAGCGACAACGAAUACAGUCCAUCCUUUGACCGACUGUUGCAACGAUCAUAUAAAUUACAUGCACAUGGAACCGUUAGAAAUCAGCAGCUCUAGUAACAGUAAAAACUUCUCCGACAACAUCAGUAGAAUCAGUCACUUGUCAGAUCCGACCCAACAUUCAGACACCGAUAAUACAAUCAGCACGAGGCGUUCGAGUUCCGCAGACUUCACCAAGAGGCAUGACGAUGACUUCAGCAUAAACGCUCGCGUAUGUUUCACGCCAACCGUCAUAAGGCGAACGUGCAAAACCGAUUGUAUAAACGAAGGUGUCCCAGUUUUAAACACAGACACAUUUAACCAAAAGGACAAAGUGUUUAAAUCGCCAGAACCAAAGACAGAAAACAUUUUAGUCGCGAGAUUCAGGGAUGCUGUCAAAAUUCGUAGAUCGUCAAGCGUUCCGAGUAAAUCGGACAAGAACAGAGAUUCAUCGAGUUCGAACGAUUCCGGAGUCUCGACGGGAUCUUUGAAGCAUCACAAAGGCGAUUUCAAUGAAUUCGAAUCGCCGAUCACGAAUUCGAAAUCAUGUAAGAAACAUAAGAACAAGUCGUUUAGGAACACCCUGACGCCGGUCCACGCGACAUUUUUGAAAUCCAAUUCUUCGGAUCCCCUCAAAAACUUGACAUUCCAGUUCGAAGAAGUCGCUACGAUGACCAAAUCCAAUUCGUGUGAAGUAGAUACGUUGACCAGAAGGAAGAAGAGAAUUGGCGAGUCGGACUCGUCGGCGCGCCACAGCCACGUGACCAACAAGAGCACGUCGUCGGGCGCGUCGGACACGUCGGACUACAUGGAGUCGCUGUCCGUGUCGUCGUUCAGCUCGUGCGACGCGUCGGCCGAGCGCCACGUGACGCGGCCGCGCUCCGGCAAGGAGUACGCCAGCCUCGACCGCGCCGCGCUCGCCGCCGACGCCCACGCCGCCUAGCUGCCGCCGCCUGAGCGACUGUCAUGUGUCAAAACCAUCUGUCAUUAGUGUCAAAUCGUCUGUCAAAAGCAUAGUCUUGUUUCCUUGUCCCGAGUUAAUUCCCCUCGAGGUAACUUCGUAAUGACUUUCGUUAGCCAUAUUUUCAGUCACUUCCGCAUCACUACUGUCUGUGAAUUCCUUUAGUUAGUAUUGUAUUUAAGAUCGUUACAUUGUGUAUUUAAGUAUAUGCUAUUCAUCCAUAUAAUGAAAUAAAUAAAAUAUUAUUAAAUUGGCGUAUUAUUUUGUGAAAAGAAUACUUUUUUUAAACGUAGUGUUGUCAUGUGACGUGUUAUUGACCUUCGAUUGAAAAAUUCAAAUGUACAUAUCUCUAGUACAUACACAGACAAUCCUUAGAAUACAUUUGUUCCUAUGUAGGUACAUAAUUAAUUGUAGCAAAGAGUUUAUUACGAAUGAGUUAGUAUAGUCCAGACGAAUUUAGAUAUUUUGUAGGGUGCCAAAAAUGUUAGCGUGCUUUUAAGAGGGUGUUGUAUUAUAUCAGAUGCGAUUCUUAUAACGAAUAGGGUCAUUCAUGUAUCGAUAUAAUAUGUAAACAAUUUUGAAUUGUUUACAUAUGUAUUGCCGCGUAUCAUGUGAAAAUAAAUGAUCAAUUACUUAAUUUAAAUGUAACUUACAUAUAUUUUAAUAUACGAAUAACAAGUUACAUAUAAUAUCUUAUAGAUUAGUUAUUAAUGUAAGUUUUUGAAUAAACUUAGGUACUUAAAUUAUUUGUGCCUUUAUGUACAAUGUGUUAUCUAUUUCGUUUCAUGUUACCUUUACAUUUAUUCUUUACAUUAAAUAUAUUCCAAUUAUUUGUACAAAAUCUAAAUAAAACGAACAAAAAAAAUACCGAUAGAUUUUAUUAAUGAUAAUAUAGUUUAAAAAAUACGCACAGAUUAUAAUUUCGGCCAAAGACUUAAUCUUAUACAGCCAAAAAUAGUUACGUCAUUUAUUUAAAUUUUGUACAAAUAAAUCUAAACAAUAACGCAUUUUGCAAUAAAUACAUCUAUUUGUAACAUAUAUAUUUAUAUGUAAAAUAGGUAUGGCUAGCAAAAUCUUUCAUAUGUAACAUAAGAUAGUAAUAAACUAAAUGCCUCCGAAGAAAUCUUAAGCAAUAGUAAUAAUAUCCAUAAAAGUAUUCUUGUAAAUUGAAAUUAAAAAGAAUAUAAUUAUAAAUUAACUGUACUCGGCCAUUUUUAUACAGUAAAUACUAAAUAUAGCUUAAAAUCCUGCCGGGCUUGGAUGUGUAUAAAUAAAUACCUUUUUAUAUGACGACUAAAAAAAAUUAUUCUCAUAUUAUAGAUUAUUUUGAUAGGUUUCUGUAGAUUUUAGAGGCAAAACUGUGAGAGAGUUCAAUUUAACUUUUAAAAUUACAAUCUUUUAAUAAUAAUACAAAAUUGUAAUUACAAUUGAAUUACUUUGAACGUUUUGUAACUAUUUUGCCUCUAAGUUCGUUUCUUGGUGGAUUUUUCGUCUAGUCAAAGGUGAACUGGUAGCCAUAUUUAAAGUUAUGACGUAAUAACACUAAUUGGUGCUCUAAUAUUUUAUUUUUAGCCCAAAUAACCUUGUCAUUGGGCAGAUUAAAUAUAUCUGGUUUAUUUAAUUAAAUAUUUAGUUUUUUUUUUAAAACUCGCAUGCAAAAAAACUUAAUAACAGACAUAAAUCACUGUACGUUGUCGGUGUAAAUAAAUAUUAGUUUAAAUUAUUUUAGUAAUAUACACAUUAUUAACUUCCCCUUAACUAUGGCUACCAUACACACGGUUUUGGUUUCCGCACGAGGAUUGGUUUUAUGUGAAGAUGUUGUAUUUUCUUAUAACUUUACGUUACUGUAUAUUUCAACUUUGUAGUUUAUUGCAACUGAGAGAAAAUAUAGCGCAUUUCAAAGUA